UUUCAAGGUAAAUGUCAAAGAAUACCUACAGCGAAGAUUCCAGACCAAAUAUUAUCCUCAAAGAAGAAGGCAAAGACGACAUGGGCUACCCAAGUGAACUCAAUAAGUCUUAUCACAGGGAAGCCAUGACUUAUCAAUCUGAAAUGUCCAAUGCUGGGAGUAAAGGUGGCAGGAAGAAAAAUAAAAGGAGGUCCAAAAAGGACCAAGAAGGGAGAAAUUUUAGAUGCCAACAUUGUGAAAAAACCUACCUCUCAUAUCCAGCACUUUAUACUCAUAAGAAAUUGAAACACCCUGAUGUAAAAGUAAGCGAGACUAUACAAAGGAAGGUCGUCAAAAGGACAGAGCCUUAUGACUCUGAAAAGAACCCUACCUCCUUGGAGUACUUUUGUACUCCAGAUAAGGCGGGAGGACCUAUUGAUCCACUUUCUUACUUCUACGAGAUCACUUGGGAGAAACUAAAAUUAGAUCCAAAGAGGUCCAGAAUGUACCCUUUCCUUAAAGUUUUUUCCAUUCUUGAUGGUUUUGCUGUUGAAGACCCAGAAACACUAAUCCCUAAAAGGGAUUAUGAUGAUCUCUCUCCAGAAGAAAAGAAGAGCAAAAUGUGUUGUGAUGAGGUCCUUGCUCUUUAUCUAAGAGAAGUUAGUAGGAUAACUAACACAAGAUGCUACAGGAAAGUCAUGACCAUUGUCAUUCUCUACAGAGAAUGAAUCAAUAGGUUUGGAUGGCCCAAGAAAGCAGAACAUGAAACUAUUACCAAGUCAAGAAGACAGAUAGAAAUGACACCUUUCUCUAUCUGUAAUAAUGCUGAAUAUCUCCCUGAAGUUGCUAAUUUGUUGGUCACUGAGUUCAUUUAUGGAAAUGAAAAGUUACUAGAGAUCUCUCUUGAUGAUUCUAUAGACCUCAUAAGAAACCUCUGCACCUGGCUAUUUAACAAUGGGUUCACUUCUAGAAGAGUUGGAAUGAGACAACAUCAAACUAAUGAAUAAUUUUCAAUACUUCUGCUUAAAA